GAAAGGAAUGAAUGACGGAGGGGGAAUGGAGUCUCUAUCUUUCAAUGACUAGUUGGCUACUACACUACACUUCCGACAGAAACUCAGACAGUUCAGAUUAUAUGUAGGCUGCUACCAAUACACAAUCAAGUGGUUCUAAAUUAGCGGCGACAGAUCAUUCUUAUACCGUUGAUCAUAUUGUUUAUUGUUUAAAGUUCCAUUGAAGAGUGAUAUGGCUAGAGGAGAAGGAGUCGAACACUGUAAUGCGAGUUUGCUAAACAAAUCGAUUAACCAGAAUGGCAACAAGUUAGCGGGAAAGCAGCAAGAAGAGCGAUGUCGCCUUUCCAUUUGCAAUAAACUGUGCUAUGCGGUUGGAGGAGCCCCCUAUCAGAUCACAGGCUGCGCUCUUGGCUUCUUUCUGCAGAUAUACUUGCUGGAUGUGGCUCAGCUGGAUCCGUUUUAUGCCUCCAUAAUCCUGUUUGUGGGUCGGGCAUGGGAUGCUAUAACAGACCCUACUGUGGGCUUCCUGGUCAGUCGGACUCCCUGGACAAGAUUUGGCCGGAUGAUGCCCUGGAUCCUCAUGUCUACUCCACUGGCCAUCAUCUCCUACUUCCUUAUCUGGUGUGUGCCUGACCUCGACCAGGGCAAGGUGGUGUGGUACUUGGUGUGGUACUGCCUCUUCCAGACAUUGCAGACAUGCUUCCAUGUGCCGUACUCUUCCCUCACAAUGUUCAUUAGUCCUGACCAGAAAGAGAGGGACUCGGCCACCGCCUAUAGAAUGUUCGUCGAGGUCCUGGGUACGGUGAUUGGCACAGGCAUCCAGGGACAGAUCGUGGGCAUGGCCAACACCCCCUGCAUCAACUCUACUCUGGCUCCACUGGAUGCUGAUCCAAAUGCCACCCAUCCUAGCAAUCACUCUCCUCUGCCAAUCGACCUCACCCACACAAGGAAAGCCUACAUGAUUUCAUCGGGGGUCAUCUGUGCAAUCUAUGUCCUGUGUGCUGUGGUUCUGUUCUUCGGUGUCAGGGAACGCAAAGACCUGGGCAGAACCAAGAGUGAACCCAUCUCAUUCUGGCAGGGGAUUCGCCUGGUCAUGGGACAUGGACCUUACAACAAACUAGUCAUGGGCUUCCUCUUCACUUCUCUGGCGUUCAUGCUCCUGGAAGGGAACUUUGCGCUGUUUUGCUGCUACACACUUGGCUUCAGGAAUGACUUCCAGAACAUUCUGCUGGUCAUCAUGCUCGCUGCAUCCCUCACUAUCCCCUUCUGGCAGUGGUUCCUGAUGCGCUUCGGCAAGAAAACAGCCGUGUUCUGUGGGAUCUCGUUUGCAAUGCCAUUCCUGGCGAUGGUGGUCCUCGUGAAGAGCAACCUUGUCAUGACCUACAUCGUGUCAUUUAUCGCUGGUGUCAGUGUGGGAGCUGCCUUCCUGUUGCCAUGGUCUAUGCUACCUGAUGUUGUUGAUGACUUCAAGGUGAUGAACCCCAACUUGCAAGGCCACGAGGCCAUCUUCUACUCUUUUUAUGUGUUCUUUACCAAGUUCUCCUCUGGCGUGUCACUGGGCAUAUCAACCCUGAGCCUUGAUUUUGCAGGGUACAUCCCAAACGGUUGCACACAGCCAGAGGCGGUAAACUUAACACUGAAAAUCCUGGUAUCAGCUGCCCCCAUUGCACUCAUCAUCAUCGGCCUUGUGAUCUUCGUCUUCUACCCUAUCAAUGAGGAGACCCGGCAAAGAAACCGCAAGAUGCUACAACACCAGCGGGAGAACGAAACGGACUCUGAAUCCGAAUCCACAGAGUCGGGCGCUUCUGAUGUGUGUGGACAACUGUAAGCCCAUCCCACUGUCUCCAGAGCAACGGAGGAGGAGAUGGUUGACCCACGCCAGGAUCAGCUGCUGGGACUCGUGAGGAUCUGACUGCUAAGACAGUGAUUUGCAUGGUCUCCAGCGUCUCAGUGCCUGGACUUAACGGAGCACUAUGGUUGGCCAUGAGACGAGACUUGACUGUGCCUUCUCCAUCAGACCACAAAUGUAGAAUUACUGAUAUUUCAAAGUACCAACUACUCUCAUUUCCUUUGUUGCACAAAACCUUACAAUGUGAUGCUGCCUUGCACCUGUUUUGGUUGGCAUUGCCAAUAGACCUGCUGCUUUCGUAACUGGGAUUGAGCGAAUCCAUGCGAUUGGUACAAGAGCGUGCUGAAUACUUGAACGAACAUACUUUCUUUACAUAUACCACAUGUUCAAGCUCUCUUACCAAAGUCAGAAUCAUUGCCAGGGAUAGACUGCUGAAAAUGCUCUUCACAGCUUUUAUUCUCAAAGGACUGUCCACAUCCAUCAAACACUAAAGGGUGUACAUUAGAUUGUCUCUGAGAUACAACACUGUAAAGUACAGUGUUUAACGAUCAUAUUUAAAUAUUUAUUAAUUCUGUUGUAAAUAUGUUGAGAGUUUUGAUUUUUUUUUUUUUUUUUUGCUCUUGUAAAUGAUAUCAUUUUGUUACAGUACUCUUAUUAAAGAAAUUAUGUUAUUGAUUCAUGCAAACCUGUAAAAGAUGUUUCUUGGCUAAAGGCAAACCUUCAGCAUGAGUUUGAUUUUAAUGUUAUUGUUUCACCAAUUCUUCCUCCCUAAACGUCACUGCCCAGAAGUGCUGAUAAAAGGGACCGUUUCAGUGUCAUGGUGUGCUGUGGAUUACUUGUCAAUAUAUCUGUAAAUCAAGGUGUAAAAUCAGGUGUUAUAUGGCCAACUUUCAUGAGAUUGCCAAUGUCAGCCUAAAAUGAAGACAAAAUAUACAGAGGUCCGUUCAUAUGGGUAUUGCUCAGAAAUUUCACCUUUUUUUUUGUAAAUUAUUGUUUAUCAUACAUUCUAAUGUUGGACUUGUUUUAACCAAAUGCUCUUUGAAUUGAUACUAUACCCACAUUUCAUGCAGUGGGUGAGUUCUCCAUCUGUAGGAUUGAGAGAAGCCAUUACUGUGAAUAUGUACAUGUUGAGAAGUGCUGUUCUGUUCAUUUUGUUAACCUUGGAAGUGGAUGUACUGUAAUAUUACAUAUUGUAAAUAAAACAUUUUUUAUAGAAAA